AUGUCUUCCCGGCCCCAGAACAUCGGCAUCAAGGCCAUGGAAAUUUAUUUCCCUAGCCAGUGUGUCGAUCAGAAAGAGCUUGAGAAGUUCGAUGGAGUCUCCGAGGGCAAAUACACCAUUGGCCUUGGCCAGACCAAGAUGAGCUUCUGUGACGAUAGGGAAGUGGAUGCCUGCUACAAGGCCUACAACGCCAGGGAGAAGGUACUCAAGGCACAGAACGGUGACUCAAACGGUAUCGUUGCUGAGACCGACACUCCCAUUGACCGCUUUGACCACAUCCUUUUCCAUGCUCCUACCUGCAAGCUUGUCGCCAAGUCUUAUGGUCGCAUGCUAUACAAUGACUACCUAGCCCACCCAGAACACCCUAGCUUCGCCGAAGUUGCCCCAGAGGUCCGCACCGUCGACUACGAGAAGUCCGUCACCGACAAGACCAUCGAAAAGACCUUCAUGGCCCUGUCCAAGAAGCGAUUCAACAGCCGUGUUCUUCCCUCCAUCGAAGUGGCCACUCAGUGCGGAAACAUGUACUGCGCCAGUGUCUACGGAGGACUCGUCAGCUUACUCAGCAAUGUUACUUUCAGCGCUUCUCAGCCCAAGCGCGUCGGUAUCUUCAGCUAUGGAAGUGGCUUGGCCAGCUCCAUGUUCAGCGUUAAGAUUGUCGGCGACGUCUCGAACAUCGUCAAGCAGUUGGAUCUAGCAAAGCGUCUUGAUGCCAGACGUGUUGUUGAGCCCCAAGUUUUCGACGACAUGUGCCAGCUACGUGAAAAGGCUCACUUGCAGAAGAACUUUACCCCUGUCGGUAGCACUGACACUCUUACCUCAGGAACUUACUACCUCACCAAGGUCGACGACAUGUUCCGAAGGGAGUAUGAGGUCAAGGCGUAA